UUCUUGUUUUGCUGCGUCUUCAUUUGAAGCUGUUCAAUUUUCACUUGUUUUUGUUGAAGAAUUCUACUGGUUUCGAAAAUUUCUUUACGAUCUGUUGGUUUUUCGUUUUGGGAAUUCUGAUUCGUGCUCGACUUUUUUUCUGGGUUUUGCAUCUUUUGGUGGAAGAUCUUUGGAUUUCUUUGUUUUAAGCCUCGAGAGCUUGUUUUUCGGUUUCUUCCAGUUCUGUUGCUCAGGAAUUGACCUUAGAAUUAUUACUUGUUUGUUGACAAAACUCAAAUUGUAAGAAUUAUUAACUUCCUGUUCUGAAGCUGGUUUCAAGAUUGCUGUACAGAUUUUGUUGCCAUUUGUAAAAGGUUCAAGUUUUAGAGAUAUAGUAGUCUUUGCACUGUUGGGAGACUUUAAAUAAUUGAAAGAUGACAAUCGCCCCGAGGAAGGAUGGGAAGCGAUCGAAGGGUAAACGGGUUGUUGAUGAGAAUGCUCCUUUGUUGCCGAGUAGGCAAGAUGAAGAUGUUGGACUUGAUGAGUACGAGGGAGGUUCCUACAGUGGAGCCGUCUUUAAUCUAUCAACUACUAUUGUUGGUGCCGGAAUCAUGGCUUUGCCUGCGACUAUGAAGGUUUUGGGUCUUAUUCCGGGGAUAGCUGUCAUCAUCUUUAUCGCUUUUCUGACAGAGUCUUGUAUCGAGAUGUUACUCAGGUUUAGCAGACCAGGGAAGGCACUUUCUUAUGGUGGAGUUAUGGGAGAUGCUUUUGGAAGGACAGGGAAGAUGUUUUUGCAGAUCUGUGUUGUUAUCAACAACGUUGGUAUGAUCGUUGUCUACAUGAUUAUCAUCGGUGAUGUGCUUUCUGGAACUUCUUCAAGUGGAGUUCAUCAUUCUGGAAUUUUGGAAGGAUGGUUUGGAGAUCACUGGUGGAAUGGGCGUACCUUUGUUCUGCUUGUAACUACUCUUGCUGUAUUUGCUCCUUUAGUUUGCUUUAAGCGUGUAGAUUCAUUGAGAUAUACAUCUGCCUUAUCGGUUGGGCUGGCAAUUGCAUUUGUUGUUAUUACUGCGGGUAUUGCAAUUAUCAAAUUGAUUGGAGGACACGUAGCAAUGCCCAGAUUGUUUCCAAGCGUGACUGAUGUCACAUCAUUCUUCAAACUCUUCACAGUGGUGCCAGUCCUUGUGACAGCAUACAUUUGCCAUUACAAUGUGCACACAAUCGAGAAUGAGCUUGAAGAUUCCUCCCAGAUACAGUCAAUUGUGCGAUCUUCACUGACACUGUGUUCGACUGUGUACAUCACAACAAGCUUCUUUGGGUUCCUCCUUUUUGGUGAUGAGACCCUUGAUGAUAUACUAGCCAACUUUGACACCAACCUUGGCAUUCCUUAUGGUCAAGUGCUUAACGAUGCUGUCCGUGUUAGCUAUGCCAUCCACCUCAUGCUUGUCUUCCCUAUCAUCUUCUUUGCUCUUCGGAUCAACUUGGAUGGUCUCCUCUUUCCCUCAGCCAGGGCUUUGUCUCAUGAUAACAGGAGGUUUGCAUUGAUCACCAUUGGGCUCCUUUCUGUCGUCUUCCUUGGGGCGAAUUUCAUUCCUAGUAUCUGGGAUGCUUUCCAGUUCACUGGCGCAACUGCCGCAGUCUGUCUUGGAUUCAUUUUUCCUGCUGCCAUCACUCUCAAGGACCCUCAUGGUAUUGCCACAAAGAAGGACAAGAUCCUAUCUGUCUUCAUGAUUGUCCUUGCUGUGUUCUCAAAUGUGGUUGCUAUAUACAGCGAUGCCUACUCCCUAAUCAAAAAGAGCCUUGCACCGCGUUCCUGAACUCUCUUGGUGUUAGUCCUUAUAAUCAGUGUCAGAUGGGAGGAAGCUGCAGUCACCAUACAGAAAGACCCAAACUAGACCCAUCGGCAAUCCAAUAGAAAUUCAGAGAUUUGUAAGAUGGUCUGUUGUGCGUGGGAAUAAGAGGAACACUUGACCCAAUAUUUAUGUUGAGUUGUUCUGCCUAGCGUAAAGAGAGGUGGCUCCAGAUCUCCACCCAAAUAUUUUCAUUUUUGUACUGCUUGUGAUAUAUGAAAUGGUGUUGUGUGGUGAG